CUGAUAUAGUCUGAGCCUCCAUGGAGCUGGCCGACGCCCUCGCCCGACGGUACGAUGACCAUGCGCCAGCGUCGGCCCCGGUCGCCGAGCCUGACGUGCUAGCGAGUGUACUUGGCUUGAUGCGAGCGCAUCCCGAGCUGCUGCCCAUCGACCUUGCGUCGCUCCAUCGGCGGCUCGCCCUCCCUCUCGCGAUGGCCGACCUCGAGCGCUCGCUCGCGCCCGCCGUGCAGAGCGGCGCCGUCAUCUUGCAAGUGUUUGGGCACUGGACGUUCCUCACGCACGUCGAGCCGGCGUCACCAGCCGUCGCAGUGGCACCGCGCUGGCGAGGCUAUUGUCCGGCCACAACGCGCGCUGCGUGUCGGCGCGCAUCCGCCGGCGCCGCCUGCCACCUCGUGCACUUUGUGCCUAUUAUAACCCGGAGGACGAAUGCGGCGCUCGGCGACUGCAAGUACCUCGACACGUGUCGCCGUGUUGAGAGCUGCGCGUUUGUCCACUACCGGGUCGAGGACGAUGGCGCACCGGUGCUCGCUGCGGCACCACCGACAACAGCAGUUGCCAUUGCCUGUGACGUGACGACGUAUGACGUGGCGCGCCUCGGGACGUUUGAUGCGAUCGUGAUGGACCCGCCGUGGGAGAUCAACCAACAGCUGAGCUACACCACCUUGUCGGACGAUGCGAUUGGUGGGCUGGCCAUUCCAGCGCUGCAAACCACGGGGUGGAUCUUUCUCUGGGUCACGACCGGAAAGCUCGUGGUCGGCCGGCGGCUGCUGCGGCAAUGGGGCUACGCUGUCGUCGAGGACAUUGUGUGGAUCAAGAUCGAUCAGCUGCAGCAUGUAGCCCACCAAGGUCGGACAGGCCAUUGGCUCAACCACAGCCAGGAGCACUGCCUCGUGGGCCGGAAAGGGCUUGCACCGUCGGCCGCGCGUCUCGACUGCGACGUGAUCGUGGCCGCCCCGCGUGAAAACAGCCGCAAGCCCGACGAGCUCUACCGCCUCGUCGAACGGGUGGUGCCAACUGGUAGGAAGCUCGAGAUCUUUGGCCGCCGCCACAACCUUCGCGACGGCUGGACAACCAUGGGCAACCAGUUAUAGCACCAUGUCUAGUUCUCGUUAUACAUGUCUCAUGGCGUCGUCGGACCCUCCUCGGGCCAGUUGGCACCGACCGACGUUGGCAGGAAGGCCAUCGAGUCGGGCAACGCCAACAGCGAGAGUGCCCGGGCGCGCGGGUCGUAGCGCACUUCGU